AUGCGUUUCGCUGCCCCCGCUGCUCUCGCCGUCGUUGCCUUCGCUGGCUUCGCCUCUGCCGUCCCCGUUGAGAAGCGCGCGGACUCUGACCUCGUCAAGAUUGGCAAGGCCGUCAAGACCGUGAGUACAGACGCACCUCACCGUCGAUUUUCUCUUCAUUUCUCUGACUUUGAACUAUGCUUUCGUCGACAGUUGGAGGAUGCCCUCGGCGUGACGGACAUCGACGCCCUGCUUGACAAAGCCACUGGCGGCGCGGUCACUGCUCUUGAGGACAAGCUGGGCAUCACUUCGCUGGAGGAGGCCAUCGGACUCGCUAAGCGUGCCGACUCCGACCUCGUCAAGAUUGGCAAGGCCGUCAAGACCUUGGAGGAUGCUCUCGGCGUCACGGACAUCGAUGCUCUGCUUGACAAGGCUACCGGCGGCGCUGUUACUGCUCUUGAAGACAAGCUGGGCGUCACAUCUCUCGAAGAGGCUCUGGGUCUUGCCAAGCGCUCCGGAGACCUCCAGCUGAUCGGCUCUGCCGUCAAGACCCUUGAGGAUGCUCUUGGCGUGACGGACUUGGAUGCUCUGCUCGACAACGCGACCGGCGGCGCCAUCACAACGCUCGAGGACAAGCUCGGCGUCACGGAUCUCGAGAAGGGCAUCGGCGCAGCUAAGCGAGCGGCCCCCGGCGACAUUCAAAAGAUCGGAAACGCCGUGAAGCUCCUUGAGGAUGCUCUCGGAGUUACGGACAUUGACGCUCUGCUCGACAAGGCCACUGGAGGUGCCGUCACCGCUCUGGAGGACAAGCUCGGCAUCACUGACCUCGAGAAGGCCAUUGGCGCUGCAUAA